CUGACGCCUUUCGUCUUCUUCCCCUUUUCAAAUCGCCGGCCUUUUUUCUGAACCCAAUCGAUUCUCUCUCUAAAACCCACCGAUUAUCUCUUCUCUAUUUCAUAUUCCACUCAAAAACUCGGAUUCUCUUCCAUUUCCAUAUCAAGAUAGUCUUUUUCCAUACAUAUUUUACAUACCCAGAAUAUUAUUAUUUACAGACAAGGAUAUUGCAUUGUGGAGGGUGAAAAGGAUCGAGUCUGUCCACUGAGUCUUGCUGUAUGUCAGUAGAUUGUACUCGCUACUACGGUGGAUUUAGUGAGCUUGUUAACCCUCUUCAAUGGCCGCAACUACGAAAAAGACGACGCCCUGCUGCAUUCCUUCCGAUCCCACUCCCGUCCACCGGAAGCUUUCUACCCCUUCUGUCUCCGCAGCUCUUGCUUCUUCUGAGAUGUCUCAGAGUUGGUCUAAAGACGAUCAGAAGACGAUUAAAACUGCUGCAACGCCUUUGAUCAACUCUGAAUCUUCCACAAACGCUUCUACUAAAGGGAUUCAAAUGAUGGCAAGACCUCAAACACUUCACCCUUUAGACCCAUUGUCAGCUGCAGAAAUUGCAAUAGCUGUGGCAACUGUGAGAGCUGCUGGAGCAACACCAGAGGUUAGAGAUGGCAUGCGGUUCAUUGAAGUGGUUUUACUAGAACCUUCAAAAAGUGUUGUUGCUUUGGCAGAUGCAUAUUUUUUCCCUCCUUUCCAGCCAUCAUUGUUGCCAAGAACCAAAGGUGGACCUUUAAUUCCUAGUAGGCUCCCUCCUAGAAGAGCCAGACUCGUUGUCUACAACAAAAAGUCGAACGAGACUAGUUUAUGGACGGUUGAGCUCAGUGAAGUGCAUGCAGCAACACGUGGUGGACAUCAUAGGGGAAAAGUUGUUUUAUCAAAUGUUGUUCAAGAUGUCCAACCUCCCAUGGAUGCUGUGGAGUAUGCUGAAUGUGAAGCAGUCGUGAAAGAACAUCCCAUGUUUAUCGAAGCUAUGAAAAGGAGAGGAAUUGAGGAUAUGGAUCUUGUCAUGGUUGAUCCCUGGUGUGUCGGUUACCAUGGCGAAGCUGAUGCUCCUAGCCGUAGACUUGCCAAACCGCUCAUAUUUUGCAGGACAGAAAGUGACUGUCCUAUGGAAAAUGGUUAUGCGCGGCCAGUGGAAGGCAUUCAUGUUCUCGUUGACAUGCAGAAUAUGGUGGUGAUUGAGUUUGAAGAUCGUAAAAUUGUCCCUUUACCACCUGCUGAUCCAUUGAGGAACUAUACUGCUGGUGAAACGAGAGGAGGGGCAGAUCGAAGUGACGUUAAGCCUCUUCAUGUUGUGCAGCCCGAAGGCCCAAGCUUUCGUGUUCGAGGGAAUUACGUGGAGUGGCAAAAGUGGAAUUUCCGAGUGGGAUUUACUCCAAGAGAGGGUUUGGUUAUCCAUUCUGUAGCAUAUGUGGAUGGUAGUCGUGGUCGUAGACCUGUUGCUAACAGGUUGAGUUUUGUUGAGAUGGUUGUGCCUUAUGGGGACCCGAAUGAGCCACAUUACAGGAAGAAUGCUUUUGAUGCUGGGGAGGAUGGUCUGGGAAAAAAUGCUCACUCCUUGAAAAGGGGAUGUGAUUGUUUAGGAUAUAUCAAGUACUUUGAUGCUCAUUUCAUAAAUUUCACUGGAGGUGUUGAGACGACUGAGAAUUGUGUUUGCUUACACGAAGAAGAUCACGGGAUAUUAUGGAAGCACCAAGACUGGAGAACAGGCUUGGCAGAAGUUCGGAGGUCUAGAAGGCUAACGGUUUCUUUUAUAUGUACGGUAGCAAAUUAUGAAUAUGGUUUCUUCUGGCACUUUUAUCAGGAUGGAAAAAUUGAAGCUGAAGUUAAACUGACUGGAAUACUGAGCUUAGGAGCAUUGCAGCCAGGGGAAGUCCGAAAAUAUGGGACAACCAUUGCUCCAGGGUUGUAUGCUCCAGUUCAUCAGCAUUUCUUUGUUGCUCGUAUGGAUAUGUCUGUUGAUUGUAGGCCUGGCGAAGCAUACAAUCAGGUUGUUGAGGUGAAUGUUAAAGUUGCAGAACCUGGGGAAGACAAUAUUCACAGCAAUGCUUUUUAUGCUGAGGAGACAUUGCUCAAAUCUGAACUGCAAGCAAUGCGCGAUUGUAAUCCAUCGUCAGCUCGUCACUGGAUUGUGAGGAAUACAAGGACUGUGAAUAGGACUGGACAACUAACUGGGUACAAGCUAGUUCCUGGUGCAAAUUGUUUGCCACUAGCAGGUCCUGAGGCUAAAUUUCUGAGAAGAGCUGCUUUUCUGAAGCACAAUCUCUGGGUUACUCAAUUUUCCCCAGACGAAACUUUUCCCGGGAGUGAAUUUCCUAACCAGAAUCCUCGUGUUGGAGAGGGUUUAGCCACAUGGGUGAAGCAAAAUCGAUCCUUGGAAGAGACUGACAUCGUUCUUUGGUAUAACUUUGGAAUCACACAUGUUCCUCGUCUGGAAGAUUGGCCUGUUAUGCCAGUGGAACACAUCGGUUUUGUGCUUCAGCCUCAUGGGUUCUUCAACUGCUCUCCGGCUGUGGAUGUACCUCCAAACGUGUCGGAAUUGGAGAGCAAAGAUACCGAUGCCAAGGAAACUGGAGUUUCAAAGCCGAAUACAAAUGGUUUAGUGGCUAAGCUUUGAAAAUGCUCAAACUCUAUCUACUUCUAUAUUGCAUGCUUCUAUAAGAUUAUGAUUUCCCUUUGAUAAUAAUGCCAACAAAUUGUUCUGAAUUGGCCCCUUGGAUUUGUUUUUACUUUGGUUAUUCCUUAAACUUAAAUUGCUUGAUAAAUCUGUAAUAAAUAAAACUUAUGGAACUUUAUAAGUAGUUUUUGCUUGGU